AUGCUACCCCCACGACCCAUUGCCGGUCGAAUACCAGGUCAUCUUCGACCGGUAUAUCCUUCCCGUACACCCAGUCCUGCCAUUCGACUGCGGCCAUUCACUCACCGGAGCCGACUCCUUCUCUCUCCGCCGCCUGGCCGGCCUCAAUUACCUUUUCUUUCACCACUCGCGCCAUCGCGGCCGCUCCCUCCACUCUCCAUUCACCUCCGCCAACACUUUGGCCGCCUAAUAUCCACUGAGAGCCGCGACCACUUCAAGAAAAGACUCUCACGCGGCGUGAAGAUUGGCCUGUCCUUCUACGCCAUCCUUGUCCUAUGGCAAAUCAUAAAGCUCGGCGUGUACCAAGAAGAUAUCGAGCAUGAGUGGCCCACACCACCAGAAUGGUCCUGGAAGUCCCGGUGGUGUCUGCGGUCCGCGCAGGCUCUGCAGAACCCCGAGCACAUCGGCAAGCUGAUGACCAAUUGGCCCAUGGUUGCUGGGUACCUGCGUGAGCUGCUGGGCCGCCUGGAGGAUCCGCAAGGCGAAGGCAAGGGUAUUUUGGAGCAGGAAGAUGGUGGGCUGUUGGUCGAGGGUAUCGGCCGCACGGGACUCGAUAUCUCUGCGAAGAGCGAGCCCUGGCGCCGCGGGUACUUUCAGACCCUCAUGGGCGCGGCCAAGGCCGCCGAGAACCUCGAUGGCUGGAUGACGGAUCGCAAGCAAAAGAUCUCGGCGCCGGCAGAAUAUGUGGUUGGACCGUCGAAUCCGCGGCCGAAACCGAUGCCGGCGGGGCAGAAGAAGGUUCCACAGGAGGAGGACUGCGAGCUCGCGUCCCCGCCGCCAGAGACAUUCUAUAUGAAGAUUUUGACGACUAAGGGCUUCGACUCGAGGCAGAAGCUAGAUGCCGCGCUUGCUUAUGCGGACUGGCUAGAUUUCCAGGGGCUGGGCCGCACCGCGGGUGAUAUGUACACCUGGGCGCUGGACAUUGCAGUUAGCGGGCUCGAGGGCGACACGAGUAAGCUCGUGGAUCUAAAGACCGGUGUUUUGAAGAACUCCGGCGUGGAUCUCCCGUCCGAGAACCUGAUCCGCGUCUCGACUGCGCUCGCAGUCCACAAUGCCCGCGAGGGCAACCUGCCCACCGCCCUCUCCCUCUUCACUUCCGUGCUCAAGGCCCGACGCAGCCUACCCCCGGCGCCAGAAUCCAACACACCCUUCUCUCUCCCCUCCCCAAACCGCCCCGCUAACGAUCCCAUCGCCGCUUUCUUCAAAUCCCUCAAAACUGUCCUGAUCCCGGUCGAAUACCCGGAGCCCCUCCCCUCAGGCAAUGCCCCGCCGCUCCGCACCACCAGUUCCGCGUGCGAGGAAGCCGGUUUGAUGACAUACAUCGGCGAGAUCAUCUACGCCUCCUCGUCGCAUGAGCACGGCCUCGCCUGGACCCGCGACGCGGUUGAGAUGGCCGAGUCUACCAUGCUCGACCUGAGCAUCACAGAAGAUCGCGCCGCGCGCACCCGCUGCGCGCAGUGCCUCAAGGUCGGCCUUGAGAACUGGAAGACAAUGGUCUCCUCGCUUGUGGCGCAGGCCCGCAAGGAGGAGCAAGAGGCCGCCCACAAGGCCGCUUCAGCCUGGUUCGGCGGCGCCCGCCGCGCACAGGCUAAGACCGCCGAGCUGACGCGCUGGCAGGCGGAAGAGGCUAUUUUGGAGGACCGCAUCCGCCGGCUUUUCCCCCUGUUGGAAGGGGAGACCGGGUUGGAUCUGCUGGCCCCGGAUAGUUCUCUGUUCGUGUGA